AGUUCUAAAGAUAAAACAUUAAAAAUGCAGUGUAUUAAGUUCAAGAACAUCCCUUUUCUUGUCUUUUCGCUUUUUGAAUCUCGUCUCCUUCCUCGGGAAAAGCAAACCAAAUCUAAUCCAAAAUCCAUGUUGCACCGAAGUUUAGGGUUUCUAUGCCAUUCGGUCGGCCACCAGUUUUGACGAUUUCCAUUAGAGAAGAGGAACCGAUCCCUCCGCUCUUUCCGACUCUUAAUUCAUUAAUUCGAGAACCCCUCACGCGAAGGAAUUUGAAUCGAUCUCGGGAAGCUCGAAACCCCAUUCGUACCCACUCUUCUGCCCGAAAGCCUGGAACCCGUGCUCACCAUUCGCAAUGCGCUAGCGGGAAGCGCGAAAGUUCUCAUCUUGGAUGAUUCGAUGAUCUCGGAAGGCUAAUGGAUAUAGAAGGUUGCUGCUUUUGAGUGCUUCCGAUUUGUCUCCGAAGCUCUAAAACAGAGUACUCCUUUUCAGAACAGAGCGCUUUUCUAAUCGUAACGCUGAUGGAAUCUGCUUUACCAAGAACUACAAAGAAUUCUUCCAACAUCCCUGGUGUCUUUCUACACUUUCCAAGGCUACGUAAGCUGAAAUCUGUUGGUCUAUCCGGCAAUGAGAACUUGAAAUCCACUCACGUCGACCGCUUUAUUGCUGAAGAGGCCAAUUGCUGUGAUGACAAUGGAGACAGAAAGAUCCACCCCCAGCCAUUGGAGGAAACCAUGGUCGCAAGCUCUGAGUGCUUGGAAGAGGCUGUGAUCUCAAGGCUAUUUGCCACUAUCUCUGCUCUCAAAGCAGCCUAUAUCCAGCUCCAGCAAGCCCACAUCCCUUAUGAGCCCAAGAAGAUCCAUGCCGCCGAUGAGCUCAUGGUCUCCGAGCUGGAAUCCCUUUCUGAGUUGGAGCAUUUGUAUAUCAAUAAGCAAAUAUGUGAUCCCAAGCUUCCAUCUUCUCUAGAUCUCAAGAUUCAAGAGUAUCAGGAGAUGCUGGCGGAAUUGCAAACAAAAAUACGGUGCAGAGAGUCGGAGAUUACUCAUCUGAGAUUGGAAAUGGAGGAAUUGGAUUGGAAGAAUGUAGAAUUGGAGCAGAAGAUUAAGCUGCAAAUGUUGCCUGAAGAGGAACUAUUUCCGCUUCGGCAAGAAUUGACUCCAGCUUUGUUUUUGGAGGUCUUUAACUUCACAUCUAAAUCCAUCCAUGACUUUGCAAAGCCACUGAUUAGCUUAAUGAAAGCUUCUGGUUGGAACCUGGAUAAAGCUACAGGUUCAAUAUAUGGUUCAGUUAUAUAUGCUGAAAGAUCUCACAAGAAAUAUGCAUUUGAUGCCUAUCUCUCUCGGGUAAUGCUUGGUGAUGCUCAGGACGAGUUCUUUAGUUUGGAGCAAUUUGAUCGUGUUAUGAGCUUUCGGAACCCUUUUGAUGCUUUGAUGGAAGAUCCGGAUUCUAGUUUUGGGAGAUUUUGCCGAUUGAAGUAUGUCAUGGCAGUGCCAUCGAAGAUGGAAUGCUCAUUUUUUGGUAACUUGGAUCAAAGGGCAUUCAUUUUGGGUGGGGGACACCCAAGAACGCCAUUUUAUCAAGCAUUCACAAGAAUGGCAAGAUGGAUUUGGGCAUUGCUGGUUUUGGUGCAUUCCUUCAUUCCGAAGGCUGAAUUCUUUUAUGUCAAGAGAGGGGAUGAUUACUCCAACAACUACAUGGAGAGUGUAGUGAAUCAAGUGUCGACUGAAAAAGGGGAGAAGCUUAAGGUUGGGUUUACUGUGAUGCCAGGGAUUAAGAUCGGAGGCACAAUCAUCCGGUGCAGGGUUUAUCUGUCCAGGAUGCAGACUUCAGCCAGGAGCUUUGGUUUUCCAUGGUAGCUAUAGGAGGUAACUUUCUGCUUCAAAAAUGGCGAAUGAUGUUAGUUCUCUAUGUUGUAAUCUAUACUUCAUAUGGAAGCAAGAGUAAGCUUGCCACUAUGUAAAGGAACAAAAGCCGGAAGGUCACAUACACUAGCAGUUUUGCGUCAUCGUAAAGUUCGAAAUGGAUGCUUUGUAAGACUCUUGAUUUGCUGCUCAAACUUGUUCCAGCAUUUGAGUGAUUUGGAAAUG